AGGAAUAUUUCCAUGAAAUCGUGUUUUUUUGUAUGUUAUGGCCACAGCAAUUGCCUCACGUUCACACAGUUCACAAAGCAAAAGCAGGAGGUCAGCACUCUUUCAUGGUGUUCAUGUUGAAGGAGAUGAAUCACAGGGCUAUGUCAUCCCUCAAUGCUAUGUUCUGAGAAAGCAUUCUCAGAUUCUCUGGAUUAUUAUUUUUAAGGAGACCAAGAAAUCUUAAAACAAAUUAGAGAGAUGUUGUUUGAGAUCUGUUAAGUGUGAGGAUGACAGGAUCCAAAGAAUGUAAAAUAGAAAUAGACUUGUACUGUUGAUUAAAGGAGCAUUAAGUACUUGAAAGCAGAGCCUAGUGGCUGCAGUUGGACAAAUACAAGAUGAGAAUGUGAGUCACACUAGAACAAGAGGAAGAGCUAAAUAGAAUCGAUUCUUAGCUAUAUUCAUUGCUCAUCAUUAGUUUUGCACAGCUAGUGCAGACCUAACUCUAUAUCAACAGGUUUUUGUUGUCUUUUGCACCGAAAAAAUGAAACACAUAUUCUCACCAUUUUCCUUUAGUUAUUUGACUUUGAUGAAAAACAGAAGUUUAAGGACAGUUAUAGAACCUACAAAUCAGAGUUAAGAUUAAUUUCUGGUUUCCUAGUAGAUAGGUAGAUAUGAAAUGUGUUAUCUGGCACCUGGGCCUUUCUUUAAUCUUAAAUGAGAACAGAAAUCGAGUUCUAUUUAGAUGGAAAUCCAAUCAAUAUGGAGAAAAUAUUAACUCUAGGUACAUUAAAGUCAUUUGCAUUGCACAACUUUCCUCUUCCAUUUGGCUUCUGCACACCACACUUCUAUUUUCUUUAUCCGUUAAGAGUACACAGAGGGACUAUGUAAGUGUAUACAAAAGGUAUGCUUGAAUACUAAUUACUCAGAAUAAAACAGCAGUCUUGGAAAUAAAUAGCAACCUCAAUAGGUUAAAAGUAACUGACUUGCUGGCGCGCGGCUCACUAGGCUAAUCCUCCGCCUGCAGUGCCGGUACUCCAGUUUCUAGUCCCGGUUGGGGCGCCGGUUCUGUCCUGGUUGCUCCUCUUCCAGUCCAGCUCUCUGCUGUGGCCCAGGAAGUCAGUGGAGGAUGGCCCAAGUGUUUGGGCCCUGCACCCGCAUAGGGAGACCAGGAGGAAGGACCUGGCUCCUGGCUUUGGAUCGGCACUGCACGCCGGCCAUAGUGGCUAUUUGGGGGGUGAACCAAUGGCAAAGGAAGACCUUUCUCUCUGUCUCUCUCUCUCACUAACUCUGCCUUGUCAAAAAAAAAAAAAAAAAGUAACUGACUAAUAUAUCAGUGAAAGGUAUUUACUUAUUAGCAAAUGGUUUUAAUAAAAUUCUUUGCUUUAAAACACUCAGCAUGGUGAUGAAUACUGCAUUUCAUAAAAUAUAAAUUAGAAAUAGGACAAGACUAGAAUUUAGGUUGUGUGGAAUCGCUCUGCUUAUGAUAAGCUUAAUUUUAUAAACUCAGAGACAUUAUAGAUGUCUGUGCAUGGAAACUAAAUCUAUUUGCUGAGCAAAACUAAGAAUAAAGCAAUCUUCAUUUCAAUGGUCAUCUGCAUGAAUUUAUGCCUUAUUCCGAGGAAGAUGAGUCCUGAAAUAUCUACAUUGCCUUCAUCCCUGGCAUCCAAAAAAAUUGAAGAAUCUGUAUUCUUAUUUGCUUCCCUUUAAACUCAUAUCUAAAGGACAGACUCUUAAGCAGCAACUUGAAAAGAGAAAAAUACAAGGAAAUGCAUACCAAUAAAAUGUCUUCACCCCAUCCCACCAGUGGAUGAAGACAGCAAAGUCUAUCAGAAAGACCAGUGGAUAUGCAAAGAGGUCAAGCCCUCUGAUAUAGGGAAGGUUACCACCAGUUGUUUAUGUCUACUUUUGUGAAAGUGGUGUGAAAAUAAAUUACAUUAGCUACUUUAUCAUAAGACAGAACUCAUCUUACUAAACACCCAUAGUACUAUAAUAAUACUGCCUAUAACAGUACACAUGAUAUUCUACAAUAAAUUAUGUACAUUUAAGCUUAAAUGUAUUUGUGAGUUAUUUAAUGUUAGCCUGUUUUAUAUGAAAUCUACCAUUAAACAAAAAUCAUAUACCUUCUAGAUAAAAUAUGAUUUCAAACUUAGGUUUUCUGAUUCUAGAUCUUUCCACAAGAUCCCCUCACCUUUGUGAACAAUUCUUUUUGUAAUUGAAUAAUGUGGUCCAUAUAGAUGGAUCUAGUUGAUAUAUUUAAGGUAGUUUUUAAACUUUCCAACUCUGUCAUCUUCAUUGGUUACCAUUCUACCUACUGUUGUCAACAACCACACUUGUCUUGCCUGGGAACAGAGGUAAUUGGUAAGGAGGCAGAACUCCUAUUAUUUCAGUAUCUUUCCUACACACAUUCCUGACAUCACCGAGACACAUCAAACUCUUCUGAAGUCACUAGCUUUCUCUCAAGAAGACAGCAGAUAUAAAGCAUAUUGAGAUCAAGGCUGUCAACUUGGCCUCAUGUAUGAUCUAGUGAUAGACGAGAGGGCUGUCUAGUGUGUACAGUAUGUCUUCUUCUGAAGUUAUUCUUAUGAUUCUUUAAUAGCUCUUGGUUUUUUUCUGAUUCCUUCUUCAGAUAAUAAUCCUCACAUUUUUAAUGGGAACAUAUAACCAGACGUGGGUGAGUGAAUUUAUUCUCCUCGGCCUAUCCAGUGACUGGGACAUUCAAGUCUCCCUCUAUGCCCUGUUCUUGGUCAUGUACCUGGUCACAGUGCUGGGGAACUUUCUCAUUGUUCUUCUGAUCAGACUGGACAGCCAACUCCACACUCCCAUGUAUUUCUUUCUCACCAAUCUCUCCCUUGUUGAUGUCUCUUAUGCUACAAGCAUAGUCCCUCAGAUGCUGGUGCAUUUUCUUGCAGAACAUAAAGCAAUCCCAUUUCUGAGUUGUGCAGCUCAACUAUUUUUCUCCCUGGCCUUGGGUGGCAUUGAAUUUGUUCUACUGGCAGUGAUGGCUUAUGACCGCUAUGUGGCUGUGUGUGACCCUCUGCGAUAUUCAGCCAUCAUGCAUGGAAGACUGUGUAGCAGUUUGGCCAUCACAUCCUGGGUCAGUGGCUCCAUCAACUCUCUUGUGCAUACGAUCAUUACCUUUCAGCUGCCCAUGUGCAAUAACAAGUUUAUUGAUCACAUAUCAUGUGAAAUCUUAGCAGUGGUCAGACUGGCCUGUGUGGACACCUCCGCCAAUGAACUCAUAAUCAUGGUUUCUAGCAUUGUCCUGCUUAUGACUCCUUUUUUCCUGGUUCUUUUGUCCUACAUCCAGAUCAUCUCCACCAUCCUAAAGAUCCGGUCCACAGAAGGAAGGAAGAAAGCCUUCCACACCUGUGCUUCCCACCUCACAGUGGUUGCCCUGUGCUACGGCAUGGCCAUUUUCACCUACAUCCAGCCCCACUCUGAGCCUUCCGUUCUUCAAGAGAAGCUGAUCUCUCUUUUCUAUGCCAUUCUGACACCCAUGCUGAACCCCAUGAUUUACAGUCUGAGGAAUAAGGAGGUGAAGGGGGCCUGGCAGAAACUUUUGGGGCAAUUCUCUGGAUUAACAUCAAAACUGGCAACCUGAUGACUCAUGAGCAUCACUUAGAGACAUGAGCUUUACCUCCAUGGUGUCCACCCAACCCAGAUAUGACAGGCAUUAUCUGUAUUGCCUGGCAACCAGGAAGGAGAUGAUGUAACAUGUACUAGAGAAGUUAGGUAGGAGGCUGAGUCGUUUUUGCGGUGUGGGUGUAUUUUUAUGUCAUAGCAACCUCUUUGUGGAGUUAAGCACUGCUGUAAUAGAACUUCCCACACUUAAUUCAUAUUUCUAUGACUUUUGUGUUGUUUUGGAAGUUGGGUAUAUUAAAUAUGUUUUGGAGUCAUGAUAUUUUCAAUUUGUGAUGGGUUUAUUAGGAUGUUAGUUGAAAAGCAUCUGUUAUUGAGACAAAUGAAACAUUAUUUCACUGUUUUUGUUUUUGUAACUUUUUGUAUGCAUUGGCUCAUUCCUACACUGAAAACUGAUUUUUGUUUAUAUGCAUUUUGAAAAGGGUUUUGAUGUUCCCUGAAACACAUUUGAAAAUUUCACAGCAAAGUGUAUUAACUGAAUUCAAUAAUUUUGUGAUUCAAUGUACAUAUAUAAAAUGAAGAGAAUGUUGUUAUCAAGACUCAUUAAAUGUUAAUGUGCAUGAUUUACUACUUGGCUAUACAAAUUUUGAGUGAUGAAGUUCAUUGUAGAAACAUCAACUAAUGAUCUUGGUUUACUCUAGUAAGUAUAUAAACAUAGUUAUUUAUCUACAAUGACAUUAUGGCUAAUAAAACUUGAGAUUCAAUCAUUGCUGAAUACUGAAUAGAGAAU